AUGAAUCAUACUCAGCUGUCACCAACAUUAUUUUUUCAAUCUGAUGUUUGGCUAUUUAGUAUUUAUGUUAUUGGUACAUUUGAAUUCGUUUUUUGGUUAUGUAAUAGUUUUUUAAUUUUUAUUGAAAUAUUUGAUUUUCCAUCCAUUGAUAAAUAUCGUAUACAAAAACGCAAAAAAAAAUUACGUUUUCAAUCUGAUAUGACCAAAUUAAUGAUAAAAGAAACGAUUCGUCAUCAAAUAUCAGUUAUUCUUCUUACACCAUUACUUUAUUAUAUUAUAAAUUAUUUUGGCCAUCUCGAUAUACGAGGACCUCGACCAUCAUGGUUGACAAUAAUUUAUCAACUUGUUCUUUUCAUUCUUUCAGAAGAUGCUAUCUUCUUUUGGACACAUUAUUUACUUCAUACACCAUGGUUAUAUAAAAAUAUACAUAAAAAACAUCAUAUUUAUAAACAACCAACCGGUGUCGUUUCUGUUUUAAGUCAUCCUAUUGAAGGUUUACAAAAUCAAUUAUCUGUUUGGUUUAUGCCUGUUCUAUUAAAAGAAAAACACAUAUUUACAUUAUGUAUUUGGAUUGGUAUACGAGUCUAUCAAACAGUUAAUGCACAUUCAGGUUAUAAUUUACCAUAUGUUAGUACACAAUAUUGGGUACCAUGGAUUAUGUCAGGUGCUUUAGCACAUGAUUUUCACCAUGAACAUGGUAAAUGGAAUUAUGGGUCAUUUUUUAACGUUUGGGAUCGACUGAUGGGUACACACCGACUCUCGACAACCACUAAACGAACUGAUUGA